CUUUUAGCUGUAUCUGACUCCACUAUGUCUUCUGAGAAGCAAAUACAUGAUUCUUCCUUAGAGACCCAGGAACAGGAGCAACAGAAUCUCUUGAGGAGGGUGGCCAGUCUGCCCUUGGUCAGCUCUGCCUAUGACAUGGCUGCAACUGCCUACACCUCCACCAAGGAGAGCCACCCCUACCUAAAGUCCUUGUGUGAUGUGGCAGAGAAAGGCGUGAAGACCAUUAGUGAGGCUGCAGCCAGCAGGGCACAGCCAAUUCUGACUUCAUUUGAACCACAGAUUUCAACAGCCAAUGAAUCUAUUAUUAAGGGACUGGACACACUGGAAGAGAAGCUGCCAAGCCUUCAAAUUACAGCGGAUAAGGUUGCUUCAGACACCAAGGAGCUGGUGUCCUCCGAAGUAGAAGCUGCCAGCAGAUUUUCCAGCUUGGUAGAUGUGACCAGAGAAGCUAUGCAAGCAAGUGUGGAGUCCACCAAGUCCGUAAUGACCCACAGUGUGAACACAGUCAUGGGAUCAAGAAUGGGCCAGAUGGCUGUGAGUGGUGUGGAAGCAGUGCUGGAGAAAUCAGCAGAGCUGUUGGAUCAAUAUCUCCCCAUAACGGAUGAGGAACUAGCUGAACUUGCAACAUCUAUAAAGGAGGAUGGAGUGGCUCCUCUCCAGCCUCAAAGUUACUUUGUGCGCUUAGGCUCCCUGUCAAGCAAACUCCGCCACCGUGCCUACCAGCAUUCUCUAGCCAAGAUUAAAAAUACUAGGCAGAGCAUCCAAGAGACUCUCUCCCAGCUUCACCAAACCAUUGAUCUGAUUGAAUAUGUGAAGCAAGGAGUGGAUCAGAAGCUUCAAGAUGGCCAAGAGAAGCUCCACCAAAUGUGGCUGGACUGGAGCAAGAGGCAGACAGGAGGGAGUAAGGACUCGGAGUUGGUACAACCUGAGCAGCUGGAGUCUCGUGCUCUGACAAUGUUUCAGAGCAUUAUCCAGCAGCUGCAGGCAACCUGCCUAACCCUAAUGUCAAGCAUCCAAGGCUUCCCAUCCAACAUCCAAGAUAAGGUGCAGCAGGUUCACCACAGCACAAAGGAGCUCCAGACUUCCUUCUCCACGGUUCACUCCUUCCAAGAUCUCUCCAGCAGAAUCCUGACCCAGAGCCGCAAACAGGUCACCAAAGCCCAGGGAUACAUGGAUGAACUGCUAGAGUACAUAGUGCACAACACUCCUCUGUCCUGGCUUGUGGGACCCUUCAUGCUGUCUGGCAAAAUACCAGAAGAAGCCAUGGAACCAUCAGAAUGAGGGUGGGGAAGAAUAAAUAGCUUCUAUAACUGCUCUGUCAAACUUACUGCAGCUCACUUGUAAAGGACCAAAUUUUCCUUAACACUUAUAGUGAUUAACAAAUAGGGUCUGAAAGCUUAUAUACCUUAGAUUGAAUUGUGUGGUGUGGGGUUUUUCCUUCCUUGUAGGAAAUGAAGCUGCUUGCAGCUCCUGGUUCAAACAUUCUUCACCACAAUCCUGGAGAGGCACUUCCUCCCCUGGAUAGCAUGGGGUACAACUCAAUCUCAUGUCUUGCAUGGGCUGCAUGCUACCUGUGGCUGAGCUAAGAUUAAAAGCAAUGAUUUAUUUGCUUUCAAAAUAGCAAUGCUGUCACCAGAAGUAUCUUUUAAAAUGAGGGUGAAAUAUGAAUGUAAAAAAUACAUAAAUUGGAUACUACCCUCCAGGAAUGCCAUCUACAUCCUGGGAUACUCGCCACAAUCUUAAAGUAGUGGCUGAGAACUAGGUUACUUCUGGUGAAAACUGUUCUUGCCACAGUGAGAGAGACAUCUCCAACUUCCUUCUUAAAGCAGUGAGAAAUGGUACUAAAUACAGCUUCAGCUCUAGGUGUCAUGUGGAUUGCUGAACAAGUCAUUGACAUAAAUCAUGGCCUUUCUAGAGCAUGGAUAUAUAUAAUAUGCAUAUCUGUUAGUCAGAUGACUAACCAUACCACACAUUAGUGUAUUGGUGACUACCUUUACACUUGUUUUGGGUAACUGACUCAUAUUCCCUUGUCA